AUGGCAGUAGCUGUGAGCAGGUUGCUCCAGGGCUCGGUUGCUCAACAUGUGAAUGCCAUGCCUUGGGGCAUUUCUACUCCUGCAGCCCUUAGGCCUGCUGCUUGUGGAAGGACAUACUUGACGAACAUAUUGUGGUCUGGUUCUAGUCCAGCCUUUAGCACCAGUUCCUCAUACCGUGCACCUGCUAUCACCCAGCAUGUAUCCUAUUUUAAGGGUACAGCUAUUGUCAAUGGGGAGUUCAAAGACCUAAGCCUGGAUGACUGCAAGGGAAAAUAUUUGGUGCUUUUCUUCUAUCCUUUGGAUAUCAUCUUUGUGUGUCCUACAGAAAUUGUUGCUUUCAGUGACAAAGCCAAUGAAUUUCCUUAUGCUGUGAACUGUGGAGUUGUUGGAGUCUCAGUGGAUUCCCACUUUACGCAUCUUGCCUGGAUAAACACACCAAAGAAGAAUGGUGGUUUGGGCCACUUGAAUAUUGCACUCCUGUCAGAUUUAACUAAACAAAUUUCCCAGCACUAUGGUGUGCUGUUAGAAGGUCCUGGUCUUACACUAAGAGGUCUCUUCAUAAUUGACCCCAGUGGAGUCAUCAAGCAUUUGAGUGUCAGUGAUCUCCCAGUGGGCCGAAGUGUGGAAGAGACCCUCCGUUUAGUGAAGGCGUUUCAGUUUGUAGAAGACCAUGGUGAAGUCUUCCCAGCAAACUGGACAUCGGAUUCUCCUACAACCAAGCCAAAUCCGACUGCUUUGAGUACUUUGAGAAGGUAA